AUGUUCACAGAAACUGGGCAGCCGGCGGCGCGGGGGCUCGAUCGAUCGAGCUCAUCACUCACUGGCAUUCGGAGGUGUGUUCAUGCCGUGCAAAUGGGGAGGUGGCUGCGGCCCAAUCCGAGGGUCGGGGAGGAGGAAGAGGAGGCGGAGAAGGAGUACCAGGUGGACGUGCUGCCCGACCGGCUGAAGUCGUCGCGGAGCAGCCGCGCUCCCUCGCUCCGCUCCCUCAGCCGCCUCGCCGACGACGUGGAGGGCGGGUUCCUCCGCGGCCACAUCGCCCACCCCGACAACGAGUGGUAUCGGAUAUGGACAAGGUUCAUAGUGUUUUGGGCAGCGUUUAGUUCCUUCCUUACACCCUUGGAAUUUGGGUUCUUCAGGGGGCUGCCUUGGAACCUCUUCCUCUUGGACAUGGUUGGCCAGAUUGCCUUCCUUAUUGAUAUUGCUCUGAGGUUUCUUGUGGCCUACCGUGACCCGGACACACUCUGCAUCGUAUACAAUCCAACCUCUAUUGCCGUCCGAUAUUGCAAAUCAAACUUCAUCUUCGAUUUACUUGGUUGCUUCCCUUGGGAUGUUAUCUAUAAGGCUUGUGGACGUAAAGAAGAAGUACGAUACUUAUUGUGGAUUCGCAUGACAAGAACUCAGAAAGUUACACAGUUUUUUAGGGAUUUGGAAAAGGACAUUCGUGUUAAUUACCUGUUCACAAGAAUAGUGAAACUCAUAGUUGUGGAGCUCUAUUUUACACACACGGCAGCUUGCAUCUUCUAUUACCUGGCAACAACACUUCCUGAAUCAAUGGAAGGAUAUACAUGGAUAGGGAGUUUGCAGUUAGGAGACUAUAGCUAUUCUCAUUUCAGGGAUAUUGAUCUAACCACACGUUAUAUUACAUCAAUGUACUUUGCCAUCGUCACCAUGACAACUGUUGGCUAUGGUGACAUUCAUGCUGUAAAUCUAAGGGAAAUGAUAUUUAUCAUGAUAUAUGUUUCCUUUGGUAUGGUUCUUGGAGCUUAUCUCAUCGGUAACAUGACUGCAAUUAUUGUGAAAGGCUCGGCAACCGAGCGAUUCAGGGAUCAAAUGAAAGAAGCUAUCAUGUAUAUGAACAGACAUAAACUUGGAAAGGACAUCAGAGAACAAAUCAAGGGUCAUUUGAGGUUGCAGUAUGAAAGCAGCCGCACUGAAGCCUCUGUUCUUCGGGAUAUCCCAAUUUCUAUUCGUGCAAAGAUUUCACAAACACUGUACAUGCCAUAUAUUGAAAGGACACCACUGUUCAAAGGAUGUUCAGCAGAAUUCCUUCAACAGAUUGUUGCCAGGCUGCAAGAAGAGUUCUACUUACCAGAAGAAGUUGUUUUGGAGCAAGGAAGUGUAGUUGAUCAGUUAUACUUUGUCUGUCAGGGUGCACUAGAAGGAGUUGGCAUUGGCAAAGAUGGUCAAGAAGAGGCCAGUUUAAUGUUUGAGCAAGGGAACUCUUUUGGAGAAAUUGCUAUUCUUUGCAACAUUCCACAGCCCUACAAUAUUCAUGUUUGUGAACUUUGCAGGCUCUUACGGUUGGAUAAAGAGUCAUUGACAUACAUAUUGGAGAUCUAUUUCGCUGAUGGAAGAAAACUUUUGAGCAAUCUUACUGAGAGCAAGGAAUACGGCCUACGAGUCAAACAAAUAGGACCAGAUAUCAAAUUCCAUAUAGGGAAACAAGAGGAAGAGCUGACCUUAAGAGUGAACACCGCCGCUUUCCACGGUGAGCUUAAUCAGCUGACAGACUUAAUCCGAGCUGGAGUCGAUCCAAAGAACACUGAUUAUGAUGGGCGGUCUCCUUUGCAUCUUGCAGCUUCCAAAGGUUAUGAAGAAGUUGCACAGUUCCUUAUCCAUGAGGGCGUUGAUAUCAACUGUACUGAUAAUUUUGGGAACACACCCUUACUAGAGGCAGUAAAGCAGGGGCAUGAUAGAGUGGCCUCAUUGCUCUUUACCAAAGGAGCCAAGCUGAACCUCGAGAAUGCCGGUAUCCAUCUCUGCAUGGCUGUAUCAAAGAGAGAGACUGAUUUCAUCCGGGGGGCUCUAGCUUACGGUGCCGACCCAAACUCGAAAGACUACGACCACCGGCAUCCUCUCCACAUAGCCGCUGCAGAGGGCUUGUAUAUAAUGGCGAAGUUGUUGGUAGACGCUGGUGCAAGUGUGCUUGUAACAGACAGACGCGGUACUACUCCGCUGGACGAAGGGCGCAAGUCCGGGAGUAAGCCUCUUAUAGUGCUUCUGGAAGAGGCAAAAACCGAGGAGCUCUCCAAGUUCCCCACACGAGGCGAAAAAGUUAGAGAUAAAAUACAUCAACGACCGUGCUCCGUGUUCCCUUGCCAUCCGUUGAAUACUGAUGUCAAGCGAAAAGAGGGGGUGAUGCUGUGGAUUCCUCACACUAUCAAUGAACUCAUCAGGUCAGCCCAGGAGAAGCUGGGUUUGUCCGGCUCACGCCUGCGCUUGCUCUGUGAGGAUGGCGCAGCGGUUCAGGAAGUGGACAUGGUAAUUGAUGGGCAGAAGCUCUAUCUUGUUGGAGACGAGGACAUGUGA